UCCACAGAAUUCAAUUCUCUCUUCAGUCUUCCCCCAGCAGAAGAAACUCUGUCAGUCUUCCCAAGAUCUGUUGUUUAAGCAGAAACAUUUUUAGGGUUUGGGCGUAGUUUCCCCAGCAUGGAGGGUAUAAUUGCGCUCGAUUCGGAGAACUGUGACGUAGGAGGGCCAAAUAUGAAAAUAACCGGAGAGAAAAUGAUAAAGAGCUCCAAAGUAGGAGGUUCCCAGAGGAAAAGGCUUUCAGAUAUAAGCAACUUGAAGGAGCAACCUACACUGCAGAAACGAGAUACGAAGCAGCAGUCGAGUUUGCUUAUGACCUAUGAAUGUGUUGAUAAGUUACAGAAGGAAAAUAUGACGCUCAUGAAACUUAUCGCAGAAAGAAAUCGCAUAAUUGAGAUAAGUGGAAAUGAGCUGGAGAAAUUGAGAACCAAUUUUCAGAAAUUGCAGCAACAGAAUCUGCAACUUGCGCAAACAAACAGUCAAAUGUUAGCGGAACUUAAUUCAGGGAAGGACAGGCUUAAAGCACUUCAGCAUGAGCUUGGAUGUAAAAAUGGCAUUCUUUUGUCAAGAAAGCUGGAUCAGGAGAUAAAAGAAAAAUCAGCAGCACUCCAAGCUGGGGAGGUAGGGACCGCUGAAUGUAAUGAGGCAGAGGAAUCUAUGCAUACAAAUAAGGAUACUAGGCCUUGUAAAGCUAACAGGCCACGACAAUCCAAACGAGAAUCUUCUGGCACUUCAGUCCUUCAAACAGAGGUUCAGCAGGUUGAAGACAAGAGGCCUUGUGUGACGAGGCAGACUGCAAGAUUCAAAACUGAGGAACCAGUGGCAUCCACAAAGGAGUUAUCUGAGAUAGAAAAUUUCAAUUCUACCGAUUUUUCUCAAUGUAAAGAGACUUCAGUUGUUCAAACAGAGGUUCAGAAGGCUGAAAGCAAGAGGCCUUGUAAUAGAAGGCAGUCUUCCAGAUUCAAAAUUGAAGAACCAGUGGCUACAAAGGACUUAUUUGAGAUAGAAAAUUCUCAUUUUAUCGAUGCGUCUCAAUGUAAAGAGACUUCAGUUAUUCAAACAGAAGUUCAGAAGGUUGAAGACAAGAGGUUUUGUAAAAGAAGGCAGUCUGCCAGAUUCAGAACUGAUGAACCAUUGGCUACAAAGGACUUGUUUGAGAUAGAAAAUUCUCAUUCUAUCGCUGCUUCUCAAUGUGAAGAGACUUCAGUUCUUCAAACAGGGGUUCAGAAAGUUGAAAUCAAGAGGCCUUGUUUGAGAAGGCAGUCUGCAAGAUUCAAAACUGAGGAACCAGUGGCUAAAACAGAAGACUUAGUUUCCAGUUCUACCAGUGCUUCAUCUCUAUAUAAAGAGGUUGUGUGUGAAAUUGCUCCAACAGCAGUAUCAUCAGUAGGAAGAGAAGACGAUGGCAACGCUACUGAUAAGUUUGAAGUUCAAGAAUGUCGGAGGUCCUCCGUUGGUAGGCCGUUAAGGCGAGCUGCUGAAAAAGUUCAGUCCUAUAAGGAAAUUCCAAUUAAUGUCAAGAUGCGCAGACAGGUAUGAUCAAUUCAAUGCUAACCCAGAUUUCUCUUCCUGUUGAGGGGAGAGAGUUGUGAUAGAUAGCAAAGACAAGGCUGCACCAUUACUUUUGUAUCUGUAUCUGUGAUAGCUUUAGAUUGUGUGCACUUCCUGUAGAAAGCUUGAAUUCGAGUGCGCUUCCUUGUAUCAUUAAGAAAUACUUGAAACCAAUCCAAUUGAGCUCAUUUCCUGGAAUCAA